UCCCCAUAUCGCAAUAUAUUUUGCAUAAAAAUCAAAUAUUGCAAUGUGAAUUUUUUCCAAUAUCGUGCAGGUCCUCAAACCAGUCACGUGGCUGAAAGCUAUGGGUUGGUGAAAAAUUAUGUGAAGAAGAGUUUAAUGAGGAAGCACAGUGAGAAGACAAUCACAACACAUCAAAUGAUCAUAGCACAGCUAACUGACUGCAGAUCAUAUCAAUCUCAUAUCAUAAGAGUGUGAUAUAACAAUGAGAUGUUUGUUCCUCCUUGUCAGGGUGUUCGCUUUGAUCCGGAUAUUCCCCAGACUUUGCGGCUGGAGUUUGCCAAAGCCAAUACUAAGAUGGCCAAGAGUAAACUAAUAGGAAUUCCAAACCCAUCGCCAUCCAGACAGAGUCCUGGCCCGUCCUGUGUCAGUCGAGAGCCCUAUGAGCUGACCAUUCCCGCGCUGUACGCCAGCAGUCCCGAGGUGUGGCCGUCUUACUCGCUGUACCCUACUGAGCUGCCUCCGCCAGCAUACGCUUACAGUUCCUCGCUGCACGCACAGAUUCGCUGGCUGCCGAACACAGACGUGACCAAUCAGGGCUGGAAGAGCCGACAGUUCUGUUGACGUCUAUAUUCUGCAGGUGCACCGGUGACACAGACGACGUUCUCAUCUUUUCUUUCUUUCACCGUUCAUCUGCAUUUUUCUCCAAUCUGUCUUCUGGCAGAUACAGAUACAUGAAACAAGAAAAAAGAAACAAAAAGCUGCUGUGAACAACAGGACAAUCAGAACCUCCACAAGAACAGACCUCGUCCUCAUCCUCAAAUCUUCUCUUCUCUUACAUUGUGAAGUUUAUUGUAGUUGAUCUUAUGUAUGAUUUAUAAUUAUUUAAGAUGUUAUUCUUAUUGGUUCAAUCAGUAAUUACUGUAAGUUUUGAUGGGGUUGAUGCAUGAUGGCUUGCCAAAAAGAUCUCAAUAUUUACACAUUUUUAGAUAUCAAAUUGCAUAUUCUCUUUUUUAAUCAUUAUCAUCAUUAUUAUUAUUAUUCUUAAGGAGCAAAAUAAGUAUUUUUAUAAUGAAUGAAAUGAAACGUUUUCAGUGCCAUUUUAGUGUAACUUCGGUAGCACUUUAUUUUACAGUCCUGUUCCUCAUGUGCAUACUAUGUUCUUAUCAUAGUAAUUACAAUAACUAAUUAAUCACUAGAUACUAACCAUGAACCUCUUCACCCAUCUCUACCCCAAGUAGUUACCUUAUAACUUUUUUCGGUAAGUACACAGUAAGUGCACAUACCAUAAAAUAAAGUGCAGCCGUAAUUUCAAUAUGUCGUUUCUUAUAUGUACAAUUUUUUUUUGAUUGCUAUGAAUGUUUUAUUAAGCUUUCUUAAGCCUGCUUAAAUCAUUAAAAACACCU